AUGGGGGAGAAGGUUUCGUGGUAUUGCGCGGCGGCGCUGGCGACGGUGCUGCUUCUGAGGUGCUUUGCUGGCAGAUGGGGUACGACUGAGAGUGCGGCGGCAAACGGCGGCGAUGAGCUGAUGAUGAUGAUGAUGGGGAGAGUUAACGUUGUGGUGCCGCCGUUUGAGAGGCGGCAGUGCGAGGAGAUUUACGUUGUACGCGAGGGUGAGACGUUGCAGACAAUAAGCGGCAAGUGCGGAGACCCUUUCAUUGUGGAAGAGAAUCCUCACAUUCAUGAUCCUGAUGAUGUUUACCCUGGCUUAGUUAUCAAGAUUACUCCCUUCAUUUAUACCUAG